GUGAAAUAGAAAAAUUCUCGUAACCUGUGCUCCUGCAGCUGGAUUUUGCAGGCCAGGAACACGACGAGAUCAACUAGGUGUCUAGUGAUCAAAGCACUGCUCUUAUUUAAUUCGUAAUCAACAAUUCUAAUAAAUAGUGUUUAUCAUACAUUCCACAAUAGGACAUCUUAACGAAAAAAAUAUAAAAAAAACAAGCUGAUUAAAUAGUGUGUUCUUUUUGCGAAAAUUUAUUUCAAAUUAUAAUGGAAGACGAAAGUGAACAAGACAACGUGAUCGAGGAUGAUUACUAUUCAUUCUUGAAUAUCCCAAGAAAUGCUAGUCAGGAGGACAUCGUUAGUGCUUAUCGUAGACUCAGUAAAUUGUAUCAUCCUGAUAAACAUCCGAAUUCUGAUAAUAAGAAAGAGGCUGAAAUUUUAUUUAAUCACACUAGAAAGGCUUAUGAAGUUUUGAGUGAUCCUCACAAAAGGGCAAUUUACGACUCAUUGGGUACAAAGGGAUUGGAAACCCAGGGAUGGGAAAUAGUUCAACGUACAAAAACACCUCAGGAAAUUCGCGAAGAAUAUGAACGUCUUGCAAGAUUGGAGGAGGAAAGUCGUCUACAGGAGCGAACAAGACCAAGGGGCAGUGUUACUGUCAACAUUAAUGCCAGCGAUAUUUUUAGUUCUUACGAUGAUAGUUACAGCAGUGGGGAUUUAUUUUCGUCAAUUCACGUUAGUGGAAUGUCAUUCACACAGUCCAUUGAAGCACCACUUACGACAAAGGAUACUUUAAUAAUGUAUGGUCAACUUAGUGCACAUAAUGGAAAUGGUUCAGGAACGGUGAAUGUGGCAGCAAAACGAUUAAUUUCACAGAAAGGAUGGGUGGAAGUUGAUGUUGGAGCUGGUAAUGGACUUAACGUUGCUCUUAAAGGUUUUCAAACACUCAGCAAGAGAAUAUUUUGUACUGGAGAAAUUUUAACUGGUUUUACAUCGGAUCUGGCAAAAUUCGGUCUGUCCGGAUCGCUUGCAAUGCAAUUGGAUAAAUAUACAAUUGGAUAUCUAACUUAUAAAGUGCACGCUGAAAGUGGUAUGUCGACAAUAAUCGAGAGAAACACGCCAAAUUCAUACACUGCCUUUACGAUUCAUUUUGGACUCACAAAUUCAUAUUUAAAUCUAAGUUACAUACAUAAAAUGCCAGAACGACAACUUCGAUUGAAAAGUACUGGAAGAGUUGGAACAUUUGGCGGUUUCGUUGAAUACGGCGCAGAGAAAAAAGUUUCAAGUUACACCACUCUCUCGACUGCGGUACGAGUCGGUGUGCCAACUGGUGUAUCACUUCGAAUUCGUCUAAGUCGUGGUUCACAGAGUUAUUCGUUUCCAAUUCAUUUGUGCGACGAAGUAUUUCCAGCGCCUGUUUUUUACGCGACUGUCGCUCCCCUCAUUACAUGGACAAUUGUCAAGAAAUUUAUCAUUGAUCCUAUAUUAAAGGAACAAAAGGAAAGGAAUAAAGAAAAACAGCGCGAAUUAAAUAAAUCAGUAAUGUUAGAAAAGCAAAAGGAAGCAAAAUCCGCGGUCGAAUUAAUGAAAGCGACAUUCAGUAGAAUUCGCGCUGAGGAGGAAAAUAAACGGGGAUUAAUAAUAACAAAAGCACUAUACGGAAGGUUCGUUUAUCCUCAGGAUAGAAAUUUAGAGGAGGAUGCGGCUAGUGGACAAAGAGAUGAAGUUAUCGACGUUACUAUUCCAUUACAAUGUUUAGUUAGCGAUUCAAGAUUAGUUCUUCAUCAGGUCACGAAGAGCCAACUGCCAGGAUUUUAUGAUCCAUGUGUGGGAGAAGAUAAACAAUUACUUGUGCAAUAUCUUUUUCACGCACAAAGUCACGAAUGUAUUAUAAAAGACAAGGACUCUUUAAGGAUACCAAAACAAUCACAUCGAGUAAAUACUACAUGACGCAAGCAAACACUACGUAAACUUAAAAAACGAGGCUUUUGUUUCAAUUAAUUAAUUCAUCGGAUGUCUCGUUGACGUACCCUCUCAAAAAAAAAGAAAAAUGAGAAUAUUAUGUGAGUCCACUGCUCCCUUAAUUUACAUUGUUUUUUCUACUUUACUCGAUAUAUUCAAGACGUGAAUUCUUAUCUCCUUUGAACGAAAACAAACGAUUUUUUUAAAAACCUAAACAUAUUUGAAAAUUGCUUGUCAUGAAGUGAUAAUUUUACUAGUUGAUAAAUAAGUGUAUUGCGAUAAUGUUUUAUUAGUUUCACCUGCACGGAAAUGUGGUAGUAAAGUAAAUGUUGGAGAUCGAAAGUCUUCCAACCAAUCGAUCGUAAGUAGUAAAUAUUGCAAAAAGAAAAUUAGACCUCGAAAGAAAUUUGGUAUCUUUCAAAACAAAAAAAAUCAACACAGCACGUUUUAAAAAAUUCACCUUGUUAAAAAAUGGACAGGAAAAUUAUCAAAAUAAUUAAAAUAAAAA